UGUUUCAUUUUUGGAAAAAACGGGCAUUACGCCCGGAACUGUUGGCAGGCAACUAGUAAGCCUAAGGUGGAGGACAAUAAUAGUGAGAUGAAAGAGCUCUUUCGAAAGAUUGUCCGCAAAGAGGAGGAAGUAGAGGAGAGAACUAGGCGACAUGCUGAAGAAGUAAAGAAGAGAAAAAAAGUUGAGAGGAGGGAGAGUGAGAAGCUUCGGGAAGAACAAGCGCGGGAAGCUAAGCUAGAAGCUACUAUAGUGAGGAUUCUAUCACAACGGAAGGAGCUGAGGAUGAUUACAGCAUCGACACAACCUGCCGCUGAGAACAAGAAACGAUCACCCACUUCAAAGGCCCGUAUGCUUCGUGAGAUUCAAAGUUAUAUUGCGGAAUCCGAUGACGACAGUGAGGAGGUGAAGUUGGAAGCGAACAAGCUUAUUGAAGCCCUCGAGAAUCGUAAGAGAGGGAAGAGGACCACAACAGUUUUUCGUGCCGCGACCAGCCAGGUGGAGAAGAAGAAGACUCCUGUUAUCAGGAAAGGGAAAGAGAAAGAGAAGGCAGCGGAAGCAGAGGUGGCUGAGUGCUUCAAAACUCCGAUGAAGACCUGCCCGGCCGAAGGAUCGAGCGAAGGUUUGGUUGAUUACACUCUGACGCAAGCCAAGCAGCUUAGCAGUCUCAAGGCACCAGAAAUCAGGAAAUUAUGUGAUCGUGAGGGCGUUGAGUACAUUGUAGAGGACCAAGCGGUGCAGGAACUUGUACGAUGUCGCACUCGACUCGCAUAUGAAGGCUUCUUUGAACGGAAGGUACAGGUCACACCAACUACGAAGCGGGCUUCUGAGGAUCUGGAUACAGCAUGAAGCCAUGUGAGCACCUACCAUCACGUGUGGCGUUCGUACGAAUCGGGGAACUAACUAAUAGAAGAAAGGUGAGAGAGGUGAACGGUACACACCCACUACUUGUUAGGAAUGAGGAGAAUGAGCUUUCCUUGUUAUUUUUGUUGUUGGUAGUAAGAGGGCACGUGUUUGGUUCAAGAAGAUAGUGAGGUUUAUCGAUCCGUGCCAGAUUUGAUGUGAACCUAUCUGGUGUUUACGUUUUAGUAAGUCCAUGUUGCCGAUGGAUGUAUACCGGUUGCACCGUGCGGAGGAUUAUCACUAGGUGGGCGGAGCAUGUACGGUGCGCAAAAUCAGGGAAUGACGGCAAUGCGCCAAAGCUCCAUACGUGGCUUAGCUCCUUCGGAUGGCAUAGCUAUGUAGUUAUACCGCUGGUUACUGAUGUAUGUGGCGGUUUGGUCGUUGAGAGGGCAUUGAUCCAUAGAUUCUCACCGUCCCUGAAUGUAAUAGGACGAAUGAAGGGUCAGGUCCGAA